UCGAUCCCCAUGGCUACUAUAGACAAGGGGGUUUUCGUGAUGUCAUGGCCAAAUCCAAACAUAUACUCUUCUCCCUGACUGCGAGAUCCCAAUGGUAGAAACUAGAGAACCUCUCAAUCUUGCAAAGAGUGCCAUGGAUUUCCUCUCCUUCAAGUAUUCGAUCACUCUUAUAGCCACUGUCAUGGCCUGCCUUUGUCUCCACUCCUUCAUCAAGGCUACAAAAAAGAAGCGAUAUCCCCCACUCACAGGCACCGUCUUCCAUCAAAUCUUAUACUUCAGCACUGUCCACGACUACCAUACAGACCUUGCAGCUCGGUUCAAAACCUUCAGGCUCUUCUCCCCAACUCGUAGCUUGAUUUACACCGUUGACCCUGCCAUCGUUGAAUACAUACUAAGAACCAACUACACAAACUAUGGAAAGGGGUCUUACAAUUAUAACAACCUGAAAGAUUUGCUGGGUGAUGGGAUUUUUGCUGUAGAUGGUGAGAAGUGGCGCCACCAAAGAAAGCUGGCAAGCUAUGAGUUCACCACCAAGAAUUUGAGGGACUUCAGUAGUGAUGUUUUCAGAAGCAAUGCCUCCAGACUGUCUCUGAUAAUUUCCAAGGCCGCAAAUUCCAACCAAGCCAUGGACAUCCAAGAUUUGUUCAUGAAAUCUACACUAGAUUCCAUAUUCAAAAUUGGGUUUGGUGAAGAACUGGAUACUCUGUCUGGUUUAAGCGAAGAGGGGAAUAGCUUUGCAAAGGCAUUCGAUGAUUCAAGCGAUCUAAUCCUGUGGCGCUAUGUGGAUAUUUUCUGGAAAAUUAAGAGAUUUCUAGGCGUUGGAUCAGAAGCAGAGCUGAAGAAAAACAUCAGAGUGAUCGACGGCUUUGCGUACAAACUGAUUUACAGAAAAACACAGUCCAUGUCUAAGCAACAAAUUGACACUAUGAAGAAAGAGGAUAUCUUGUCAAGGUUUCUGGUGCAGAAGACAAAGGACCCGAAGAAUUUGAAUGAUCAGUACCUUAGAGACAUAAUAUUGAACUUCAUAAUUGCCGGGAGAGACACGACGGCGGUCACUCUUUCUUGGUUCUUCUACAUGCUUUGCAAGCAUCCAUCUCUGCAAGAAAAGCUUGCUCAAGAAAUAAAGGAAGCAACCAAAACAAAUGACAGCAUAUCGAUUGCAGAAUUUGCCUCCAGGUUGACUGACGAGGCACUUGACAAGAUGCAGUAUCUCCAUGCAGCUCUGACUGAGACACUGAGGAUAUAUCCUGCUGUCCCUGAGGACCCAAAGAUUUGUUUCUCUGAUGACACUCUGCCGGGUGGAUUCGAUGUAAAGAAAGGGGACAUGGUAUGCUUUCUACCUUAUUCGAUGGGAAGAAUGAAAUUCCUGUGGGGGGUGGAUGCAGAAGUUUUCCGUCCGGAAAGAUGGCUUGAUGAAAAUGGGGUUUUCCGACCUGAGAACCCCUUCAAGUUCACUGCCUUUCAGGCUGGUCCACGAAUUUGUUUGGGAAAGGAAUUUGCAUACAGGCAGAUGAAGAUCUUUGCAGCAGUCCUCAUCCACUUCUUCACAUUUAUGCUGAGUGAUGAGAGAAAGGAUGUCAAAUAUAAGAGCACGUUAACUCUUAGAAUCGAUCAGGGACUCCAUCUUUUAGCCUACCAAAGAGAACCGAUGGCUUCUUCAAAUGAUCCUUCUAUGUAAUCAAGAUGCACCAACUGCUAUAAUGUCAAGGGUUAUGGAGUAUUGUGAAAUUUUCAAAUGAACAUCACCAACACUGGAAAAAAAAAAAAAGUUUAGCUUUUCCAU